CUCUGCGGGGUGGGGGGAGGACAGGAGGGGAGGAGGAGGGAGGGGGACCCCCGAGUCGCCCCCUCUCCUCCCCCCGCCCCCCGGCUCCAUCCUCCGCCGCCGCCCGAGCAGCUGCGGGGCCGCCGCCGCCGCCUUUGCAGGCUGAGUCAUCACUAGAGAGUGGGAAGGGCAGCAGCAGCAGAGAAUCCAAACCCCAAAGCUGGUAUCACAAAGUACCUUUUCUCCAAGUUGGGGGCUCAGAGGGGCGCCAUCAUGAGCGAUGUUACCAUUGUGAAAGAAGGUUGGGUUCAGAAGAGGGUAGCAGGAGUAUUUUGUGUGGUGAAAAGUUGCUGUACUACUCUCAUGACACUGUUCUCCAAAGCCUGGAUCAAAGGGCAGCACAGGAGACUAUGGAGUCCCUUUGGUGGAGGCCACAGGCGGAGAGGAAGCACAGGAUUCAUAAGAUGGAGGGCGGGAGAAUAUAUAAAAAACUGGAGGCCAAGAUAUUUCCUUUUGAAGACAGAUGGCUCAUUCAUAGGAUAUAAAGAGAAACCCCAAGAUGUGGAUUUACCUUAUCCCCUCAACAACUUUUCAGUAGCAAAAUGCCAGUUAAUGAAAACAGAACGACCAAAGCCAAACACAUUUAUUAUCAGAUGUCUCCAGUGGACCACUGUUAUAGAGAGAACAUUUCAUGUAGACACUCCAGAGGAAAGGGAAGAAUGGACAGAAGCUAUCCAGGCUGUAGCAGACAGACUCCAGAGGCAAGAAGAGGAGAGAAUGAAUUGUAGUCCAACUUCACAAAUUGAUAAUAUAGGAGAGGAAGAGAUGGAUGCUUCUACAACCCAUCAUAAAAGAAAGACAAUGAAUGAUUUUGACUAUUUGAAACUACUAGGUAAAGGCACUUUUGGGAAAGUUAUUUUGGUUCGAGAGAAAGCAAGUGGAAAAUACUAUGCUAUGAAGAUUCUGAAGAAAGAAGUUAUUAUUGCCAAGGAUGAAGUGGCACACACUUUAACUGAAAGCAGAGUAUUAAAGAACACUAGACAUCCCUUUUUAACAUCCUUGAAAUAUUCCUUCCAGACAAAAGACCGUUUGUGUUUUGUGAUGGAAUAUGUUAAUGGGGGAGAGCUGUUUUUCCAUUUGUCGAGAGAGAGGGUGUUCUCUGAGGACCGCACACGUUUCUAUGGUGCAGAAAUUGUCUCUGCCUUGGACUAUCUACAUUCCGGAAAGAUUGUGUACCGUGAUCUCAAGUUGGAGAAUUUGAUGCUGGAUAAAGAUGGCCACAUAAAAAUUACAGAUUUUGGACUUUGCAAAGAAGGGAUCACAGAUGCAGCCACCAUGAAGACGUUCUGUGGUACACCAGAAUAUCUGGCACCAGAGGUGUUAGAAGAUAAUGACUAUGGCCGAGCCGUGGAUUGGUGGGGCCUUGGGGUUGUCAUGUAUGAAAUGAUGUGCGGGAGGUUACCUUUCUACAACCAGGAUCAUGAGAAACUUUUUGAACUAAUUCUAAUGGAAGACAUUAAAUUUCCUCGAACACUCUCUUCAGAUGCAAAAUCAUUGCUUUCAGGGCUCUUGAUAAAGGAUCCAAAUAAACGCCUUGGUGGAGGACCAGAUGAUGCAAAAGAAAUUAUGAGACACAGUUUCUUUUCUGGAGUAAACUGGCAAGAUGUGUAUGAUAAAAAGCUUGUACCUCCUUUUAAGCCUCAAGUAACAUCUGAGACAGACACCAGAUACUUUGAUGAAGAAUUUACAGCUCAGACUAUUACAAUAACACCACCUGAAAAGUAUGAUGAGGACGGUAUGGACUGCACGGACAGUGAGAGGCGGCCGCAUUUCCCUCAGUUUUCCUACUCUGCAAGCGGACGAGAAUAAGUCUCUUCUGCUACUUCACUGUCAUCUUAGAUUUAUUACUGAAAAUGAUUCCUGGACAUCACAGCAGUCCUAGCUCUUACAAAUGCAGGAGCACCUUCAGACAUCCCAGACCAGUCCAAGGUCUUCACCCCUCGCCGCCUUUCACCCACAUGAGAACACACAUAUAUGCAGACAUACUCGACUUUUGUUUUUGCAUGAAAUUGUAUCUCAGUCUAAGGUCUCAUGCUGUUGCUGCUACUGUCUUACUAUUAUAGCAACUUUAAGAGGUAAUUUUACAAUCUUUGGAAGUCAUGAGCCCACCAUUGUUCAUUUGUGCACCAACUGUCAUCUUUUGAUCUUUUAAUUUUUGUUUUUCCCUAACAGUGAAGGCUAAAUGAUUCUAGGUAUAUUUUUUAACUUUCUAGAUGAUAAAUCAAAAACUAAUUAGACUAAGAAGAUUUAGUUUAUAAUUCAGAACAAGCAAUUGUGGAAGCGUGGUGAUGUGCAUAUGCAAAAUUUUAGUAAAGCAUAUCAGAUCAGUGCGUAAAAUAGGUAGGUAUCAGUAAGAUCCUACUGGAAUUCAUUAGGAAGCAUUUGAGAGAAGGAAUGAACAACUAUUAAGAUAGAUAUAUACAUUUAUAAAUUUAAAUUCGUAUUCGAUACUGCAGAGGAAGCCUGAUAUUACAUGUGGAUGUCCAGAUUUCACAGGCAGUUGUUGGCAAAGGAACAUUGUUCGACCAAGGAAGGAAGCAUAUGCACAGCAGAGUAGGUCACUUAAAGGGUCUAUGAUAUGAUUUGCACCAGAGAGCGUUUUAUUUCCCCUGUUCUUGGAAACCUUUUUCCCUUCUUGAUAUUAUCACCUCUGAUGGCUGAAGAAUGUAGACAGGUGUAAUGAUCCUGCUUUUCACCAAAAUUUGUACACCAAGGUAAACAGGUGUUUGCCUUAUUUGUUUUAAUUUUUUACUUUCAGUUCUACGUGAAUUAGCUUUUUCUCGGAUGUUAAAACUUUGAAUGUCCUUUUAUGAUUUUGUUUAUGUUGCAGUAGUAUUUAUUUUUUAGUGAUGAGAAUUGUAUGUCAUGUUAGCAAAUGCAGCUCCAACUUAACAUAAAACAGACUUAACUGCAGUUUCUUUUGACCCAUGUGCAAGGAAUGUACACGCCGAUGAGAAUCAUGCACUUUUUCUCCUGUGUAAAAACAAAAUUUUGAUGAGGCUCUGAAAUUGUACAUAUAGAUUAGAAUUUGGCUUUGGGAGAAGAGAUGCUGUCAUUUAACCCCUUGGUGCUAAAAAUGAGAAAUCCCCAACUAUCCAUGCCAAGGGGUUGAAACAAAUGGGUGUUAUAUUUGCUCUUUUGAGAAUUGAAAUAUUAUGACAGCCUGGCAACAUAAUGUAAUGAAGAAAAUUGAGACCUGGAUGAUAAGAAAUGAACUUUACUUGGCAAAAUGAACACAUCUCAAGUAUUUACGAAGUGGGCAGUAAAGGAUAAGGACCUGGUGUGUUUAUUCUGAUCAUGGUACAUUUAUCACUGAAUUAAGCCAUCAGGGAAAAAACAAAACAAAAAAGAACACCUCCAACUUUUCUUUUUCUGUAUAUACUCAUGUCCUCAAAUUCCGACACUUCUCACUGAAAGGGGACAUGUAUGCAAACCUCAUCUUUCUCUUUCAUUAAUGAUGAUCUUCAGAUUAAACCCUUUGGUGCUAGGAGCUGACAUUUUCCAAAGCAGCCUAUGAAGUCCAGGGGGCUCCUGACUCCGUGGAGCCAUCGUGGAGAUGUAUUUUAGUUAAACUAUCUGACAGCUCCCAAAUGGAAGACUGCAGCAUGACGUAGUGUUAUGAUUGCAUUGUAUGAAAGAGCAAGUGACUUUCUAAGUAGGAUGAAUCAUAUUCAUAUGCAGAUGUCUUAGCCUCUUGACGCUGGAAGUGUGGGUUUACAGAUAUGAAACCACUGCUGGCAGUGGGUGGACCACUGGGACUGACAGGGGGUUAAAGGGCAUUUUACUAAGGCAGCUAAGACAUAUUCAGACAUAGAUUUUGUCCUAAUUUUUCAUAUUUCUACCUGAGUGAAGUUCAUCCUUAGUACUGAGUAGGAAGUUACAGUAAAAUGGUAGUUCAUUCUUACUUACACAUAUAGCUCAACUUUUUUUUUUCACUUGGAAUUAUGUUGAAUGUUUCACUUUGACAAGAAAGUAGACUAGAAGGUAUGUCCUGUAAGUUGUCUUGCAUCCAUUAUAUAAAAAAGGAACAGGUGAGAGGAAGAGAGGAAAGCUGAGACUGGCUGGUGUUCAGAGCAUUCAUUUCUUCAGAGGGAAAGUACACCAUACACUAAGCACACAGAUAGUUUUGGGGUUCCCCCCCCAAAUCUUAAGGUGAUUUCCAUGACCUUGGCCAAGGACACUUCCUAAGGAUUAAUGACAGCGUUGACUGUGCCUCAGGCUGGCCACUCUGCACAGCUGGCUCUCUGUCCCCAGCUGGUGCCCGGGGCUUAGUCCCGUAUCCCCUCCGAGAUUCUGUUAGCGUCACACAGGGUGUGUUGUUGGCUUUGAUUUUUAAGAAUCCCUUACUUUCACUCCCUGAUCUCAGUCAGCUGGCAUGGAAAAACAAUAGAAAAACAGAAAUGUGUGUAGAAGGAGAUUCUAAAACUUCCCUCAUGUCUGCCCAUAGCUGAAGUUUCGGAUUCUGGUGGACGGAAAGGCCUGGCCCUGGAGUCACUCUGUCAGAAUAGCAGAAGUUCAGGCUUUGCAGACUCCUUCCUGUACCAACUUCCUUGAAGUCUGCCUCUUGCCAUGAUGCAGCCAUCUUGGAGGAAAUUGGCCGUCUCUGCUUGGACCUUUGGCAGGGCUGCUCACAGCUUUGCUUUCCACACUAACUACAUAGCAUUAUUCCAGUGUUUUCCAUUUCCCAUACCUGAUUUCCAGCUUCUUAAAGCUGACUGUUCUUGCAAGGGCCACUUGCUUCUCUUAGAGUACAAAGUAAGGGCCUUCCUUACUAACUGCAGGGUCUUUCUAUUACACCUCAGCGUACACACUUUGCUGCUACUGUUUGUACUGUGUCUACAGUAGAACUCCCUUAUCUUGCUCCUGGUACUGCAUUACAGGCAAGCAUGAAAUGUAAAGUAUUUAUUUAAAUAAGAAGAAAACCUCUAAAUUGGUAAUUGAAUUACCUCCCUGUAGCUUUAUAGUUUGUGACAUUUCUUGACCUUGCUAGUUCUUUCAUUAGAUCCGCGCAAGAUCUAGUCAUCUGGUUAAGGAUUUCAAGCAGACGCAACUAUGAACCCAAGAAACUGUAUUACUAUUACUGUUGGUCAUACUAAAACUGUUUAUUUCCUUAAGUAUAUGACCCACAAGGAUGUGAAAUAACUACAAGAAACUGUUUUUGUACACUGUACAUCCUUAGUAUUUUUACACGUAUAUGAUAGGGAUGCACAUUAUUUUCCUUCGUACAGACAGCUUAAAUAAAGCACUAUGUCAAUCUGCUA